AGAAAAAGAAACUUCUCGAAUUAAACCAGAGAGAGAGAGAGAAAGAAAUUGCCUUCAUUCAAUUGGUCUUGUCAUAUCCAAAGAGGGAGCGAGACAGCCAGAGAUAGAGAGGGGGUUCCAAUCGAGAGCCGCAUAAUCGGAGAAUCGCUCUUGCUGCCGCGUUGAGAUUGGAGUGUCGAUUGAAAAUGAGGGAAAGAAGUUACAGUUACAGUCCUUCACCACCAAGAGGGGGAUACAGCAGAAGACGCCGGAGCCCAAGCCCAAGGGGUCACUACAGAGGACGUGACAGAGAUCUUCCCACCAGUCUUCUGGUCCGAAACCUACACCGUGACUGCAGACCAGAAGACCUUCGUAGACCUUUUGGGGAGUUUGGUGGUCUCAAGGACAUUUACUUGCCUCGAGAUUAUUAUACAGGGGAGCCACGUGGCUUUGGCUUUGUGCAAUAUAUGGACCCCUCGGAUGCUGCAGAUGCCAAAUAUCACAUGGAUGGUCAAAUUCUUCUUGGUCGAGAGCUCACUGUUGUAUUUGCUGAGGAAAAUAGAAAGAAGCCUGAUGAAAUGAGAGCAAAACAACGAACGAGGGGCCGAGGGUCUGAUGGAAGGAGAUCCACUUCUCGUUAUUCUCCAUCCCCGCGUUAUAGAAGGUCUUAUUCUCGUAGCCCGGGUUAUUUUUCCCCUUCCCCUAGGCGCAGGGGUUACUCAAGGUCAAUUUCACCUAGAUGCGGGAGUUACCGAGACAGGUCCUACUCAAGGUCUCCUUAUGGCUCAAGGUACAGAGAGAGGUCUUACUCCAGAUCUCCCCAUGGGUCAAGGUAUCGAGAGAGGUCAUUCUCAAGGUCUCCUUAUGGAUCAAGGAGCCAGAGCCCUGAAGGUUACUGAAGGAACAGUGUAGAUGAUAGUUCACUGCCAGUUGAUGGUUUCUUGGUCAGGAUUUUGGGCAGCGGGCUGGUUCCUAAGAUUUUAGCUGGUGGAAGUUUAGCACUGAAUCUAUGGCAGGCACUGUACUCUUUUUGCCUUGUUACAUAUCAUAUGGCUAGCUGUCCUACUUAUGGGACUUUGGAGUUGUGCUAACUAGCUACUUGAAAUUCUCAAAGUUUGAAUGUGUCACUUCUGCUGAACUGGUUGAAGUUCUUAUAUUGGUUGAAGUUCUUAUAUUGAUGUGA